AUCUAAUAUUUGUAAAGGAAUUGGUUCACUGAAUUUAAUGUUGCAUAACAUGGCUACUGAGAGUGAAGAUCAAGGUCGGGGAAGUGUUUUGCAUCUUCUGUGUCAACAACAAACAGUGAUAAGAGUGUCCAUAAGGAAUAGUGUGAAGCAGGCCACAUGUGUACAACUGGUGAUAAGAUAUUAGUCAGCUGUUACUGAGCUUUGGACAAUGGGGAGAUAUACUCUGUGCCAAUACAUUGCUGGGUUAGCAGCUGGCCUGACAGUACUAGCAGUGGGCUGUACUACAGGAUGGACAACUGUGGCACUCAAGAAACUACGCUCCCCAGGCAGCGAAAUUCCGAUCACACCCUCGGAGGGGUCUUGGAUUGCAUCAUUCCACGAGGCAGGACACAUACUCAGCCCCAUUCCCACAGGAUUUCUUGUCGGCAAAGUGGGACCAAAAGCAUGCCUCAUUGCAUCAGCUGUUAUCCAAAGUGCGGGGUGGAUCCUUAUAAUCAUUACGCGAUCUGUCCCCAUUUUGUAUCUUGUACGUUUCCUCUUUGGCAUCUCCAUGGGAAUAGUGUUCACUGUAACACCAUUGUACAUCGCUGAAAUAUCAAAUCCUGAAAUUCGAGGUGCUUUAAGCACAGGAUUUGAAACUAUGUUGUACUUAGGACACCUGAUUGAAUUUACUGUAGGUCCUUACGUUUCUUACAAUAUGCUUGCUGUAAUAUCAAUCACGAUUCCAGUUGGCUUUUUGAUACUUUCUCUCUGGAUGGUAGAGUCUCCUUAUUAUUUGAUAAAGAGGGGUAAAUAUUUAGACGCGAGGAAAUCAUAUUCCGAUUUAUCAGGAAUUGAGGAUGAACACAUAUUGGUGGACUAUCUGGCUAAAAUCGAGGAACACAUUAAUGAAAAGAAAAUUGGAAGUUUGAGAGAUUUGUUUGGGAGCCGAAACUAUCGCAGAUGUCUAAUGAUCGUUUUAGUUCUUGCGAUAGUUCAACGAUUCAGUGGCAUGUCAGCCGUUGUAGCCUAUGCUUCCUUCAUUUUCCCUUCCACAAUUGGAGGUCUGUCUUCCAGUUCAUACACAAUCUUGUUUGGAGCUAUUACACUUCUUUUUACCUUUGUGUCAGCAGCACUAAUGGACAGAUCUGGACGAAGGGUUCUAACAAUUACUUCAUGUUUCGGAAGCUUCGUGGUAGAACUGUUAACAGCAUUGUACUUUUACUUAUCUCAAAACUCGAUUGUGAACACAACCCAUAUCACAUGGAUUCCGUUUGCAACAAUAUCCAUGUAUGCAGGGUUUUACUCAAUAGGCAUGGGUCCAAUAGUAACAACUAUACAAGGUGAACUGUUCCCACCGAAUGUUAAAGGUCUUGCAGCUUCCAUAGUAACCAUUGUGCAUGCUGGUUCUGGCAGUUUGGUUACUAAAUGUUAUCAGAUCAUUUCUGACAAAUUUGGUGUUUAUGUUAGUUUUUCUUUUUUCUCGCUCAGCUGUCUGUUUGGUUCUGUGUUUGCUUUCUUUGUUAUGCCAGAGACAAAAGGAAAAACCCUCCUUGAGAUUCAGAGUGGGUAGGAUUACUUAGGUUAAAUAUGUACUUGAUUUGACUAACAUGUUGUAAUACUAUAUGCCACUUGUGGUUCUAAUUCUUCUUAAAUGUAGAUUGAUAGAUCAUAAGACUCAAGUAUCAUAACCUUCAAUACCUGUGAUAACAUUCAGUGCUCUUUAAAUACUUUUGUGAUAAACCUGUGAUAAGAAAACGUAAUUCAUUGUAAGACUAUUUUUAUAACACAAAUAACUUUAAAUACUAAUCUCUAAGUUUUAUUGUACGUUAUUUUAUUAUUAAGUACUAUGUAGUGAAGAAAAUAAAUCUGUUUUACUACA